UCGCGCGAGAACAGGAGCGUCAGCGCCUGGCAGUGGCGAUGACUCGCCGCCCUGUCGAUGCCCCACGGUCUCUUCUGUACCACGGCUAUAGCUCCCAGCAGAUCCACAAGAACGGCAGCGGUAAGGUCGGCCCAGAAAUGUACGGCGGUGGACUAUCCUGGGAUCUUGGGCUUUGCUUCGCACACUUCCUUACGUACGAGAGGUGCGAGCAUGGUCAAGCCUGUGAGUGGCGCCACAGGGAACUGACUGCCGAGGAGCGCGACUACAUCUUCAAGCAGGGUCAUGUUCAGUUCCUUCUCAAGGCCGAUAUGUUCGUGGAUGAUAAGACCUCUUAGUGCCAGCACGACGGUGGGGACCAUGAAUCCGUUAUCUUAUGUCGUCGCCUCAUAUUUCGGUUCUAAACACUUGAAGUCACACGGAUAAUGCAGUCGUGGC